AUGGACGGGGACGAGCUGAUCGCCUCGGUCGCCCACAAGAUCGAGCGGGAGAAGGCCCUCAUCACUGCUGCCAGUAACAUGCGGCAGUCGACCGACAACCCCCUCGUACAGCAGAGAGUCGACGCCAACAUCCGCGAUGGCCGCAAGAAUAUCGCUUAUUUGGAGGAGAAAAUGAGAGAGCUGCAGAUUCGUCACAUGCAGCAGGAGGCUGGCUCACCUGGCCAGCGUCACCCGCAUGGGGGUCCGGCGCCCCCACCAAAGGACUCCUCCGGAUACGCUGGCGAAGGCGACUAUGGUGAUGGCCGCAACUAUGCUCAGGGUGGCGCUGGGUCGAUGCCGUCCGGCGCUCCAUUCGCUGACCCCCGACCUUACGCUCCGAUCCCAAAGGCCAGGCCAAACUACACGAAGCUAGAUCUUAUCAAAUAUGACACUGCAUACCUCGGGCCGAAGAUUCAACUCAUGUUGUCCCAACUGGAGUUCAAGCUGAGUGUCGAGAAACAAUACAAGGCCGGUAUUGAGAAGAUGGUGCGCUUGUACCAGGACGAAGGUGACCGAAAGAGUCGCGCCGAUGCCGAGGGCCGUCGCAUUGAGAGCAACCAAAAGAUCCAGCUAUUAAAGCAAGCUUUGAAGCGCUAUGAGGAUCUUCACGUUGAUAUUGAUCCUACCGCCGAUUCGCCCGAUGACGAGAGUUUAAGCGUCCCGAACAUGCGCAAGCCUCUGACCGGUCUACUGACGAUGCGCAUCACCGCAGUCAAGGAUGUUGAUCAUGCCGCUAGCUCUCGAUUCUCCCGAGGUCCGGAGACAUAUGUGGUCGUCAAGGUCGAAGACACCGUCAAGGGUAAGACAAAAGCGACACGAAACGAUAGAUGGCUGGACGAGGCAUUCUCCAUGGAUAUCGACAAGGCCAACGAGAUUGAAUUGACCGUUUACGACAAGUCGGGAGACCGCCCGACCCCCAUCGGUAUGAUUUGGAUUCGAAUUUCUGAUAUCGCAGAGGAGAUGCGUCGUAAGAAGAUUGAGACCGAACUCAACACAGCUGGUUGGGUAUCCGCCGAUAAGAUGGCUGAUGGUGGAUCACCUCGCAAUGACCACCCUGGCUCUCCCCAGGGAGCUUCCCAAGCCCCCGGCUCUGCACGGCCAGGUACCUCUGGUCAAGGUGGCCACCACGGCGGAGAGGUUUCGAAUGUGCCUCCAACUGUGACGAUCGAUGCGUGGUUUGCUCUGGAACCCGUUGGACGGAUUCAGCUGCAGAUGAGCUUCGCUAAACAAUUGAAGGACCGCCGUCCCUUCGACAUUGGUCUCAACCGUCAAGGUGCCGUGCGUCAAAAGAAAGAAGAGGUUCACGAAAAGCAAGGUCACAAAUUCGUUACGCAGCAAUUCUACAACAUCAUGCGCUGUGCGCUUUGUGGAGAAUUCCUCAAGUACGCUGCCGGCAUGCAAUGUGCAGAUUGCAAGUACACCUGUCACAAGAAGUGCUACUCCAAGGUUGUCACCAAGUGUAUUAGCAAGGCCAACUACGAGACCGACCCGGACGAAGAGAAAAUCAACCACCGCAUCCCCCAUCGUUUCGAAGGUUUCUCCAACAUCUCCGCCAACUGGUGUUGCCACUGUGGUUACUUGCUGCCAUUUGGUCGUAAGAAUGCAAAGCGAUGCUCUGAGUGCGACCUUACAUGUCACGCUCACUGCACUCACCUUGUACCCGAUUUCUGUGGCAUGUCGAUGGAAGCGGCCAACCAAAUUCUCGAGACAUUGAUUCGCGCCAAGAAUCACAACAAGUCUGCCUCUGUCAGUUCCGGUCUAAGCAAUCGCACCCUUCGACCAAGCGGUCCGCCGCAGCCCCCUCAAGACAAUGCUGCCCUCUCCUACCCCCAAAAACCGAUGGAAGGCCCCUACGGGGCUAUUCCCAGACAACCCUCCGCCGAAGCGUCACCAACAGCUUCUGCACAGGCCGCACAGCGCCAACAGUUGCCUCCGAAAUCCCCUACGGGACCUUCCGCCGCCGCCGCUGCCGCCGCCGCCGCUACUGGCAUGCGUAGCCCCCAGCAAACCCCGACUGAAAUGAACCGUCCAAUGCCACCUCAAGCACCUCAGCAGCCCCAGCAUGCCCACUAUGAUCCAUCUGCUUAUGCCAACUUCCCGCAGCAGCCCCCGCCUCAGGCUAUGCAAAAGGCUCAACCUUAUCCGAUGGCACCGCCGCCACAGCCCAUGCAGCAACAGAUGCCCCAACAAGUUGCACCGCCUGCUAAGGAUGAUGCUGCCCUGACACAGGCCAAGGCUCGUAUUGGAUUGGAUCAUUUCAAUUUCCUUGCUGUUCUCGGAAAGGGUAACUUCGGAAAGGUCAUGCUGGCUGAAACCAAGAGCAGCCGCAAGCUGUACGCCAUCAAGGUCCUGAAGAAGGAGUUCAUCAUUGAAAACGAUGAAGUGGAGAGCACUAAGUCCGAGAAACGUGUGUUCCUAAUUGCAAACAAGGAACGUCACCCAUUCCUCCUCAACUUGCACGCUUGUUUCCAGACUGAAACUCGUGUCUACUUCGUCAUGGAGUACAUCAGUGGUGGUGAUCUUAUGCUGCACAUUCAACGUGGCCAAUUCGGUCUCAAGAGAGCACAAUUCUAUGCCGCCGAAGUCUGUUUGGCGCUCAAGUACUUCCAUGAGAAUGGUGUCAUUUACCGUGAUUUGAAGCUCGACAACAUUCUUCUGACCCUUGAUGGUCAUAUUAAGAUUGCUGAUUAUGGUCUCUGCAAGGAGAACAUGUGGUACGGUUGCACGACCAGCACCUUCUGUGGUACACCUGAAUUCAUGGGUCCCGAGAUUCUACUGGACAAGAAGUAUGGACGGGCUGUCGAUUGGUGGGCAUUUGGUGUUCUUAUCUAUCAGAUGCUCUUGCAGCAAUCUCCUUUCCGUGGUGAAGAUGAAGAUGAGAUCUACGAUGCCAUUCUCGCUGAUGAGCCUCUCUACCCCAUCCACAUGCCCCGCGACUCCGUAUCAAUCCUGCAGAAGCUGUUGACUCGCGAGCCCGAGUUGCGUCUCGGUUCUGGUCCCACCGAUGCCCAGGAAGUCAUGUCCCACGCCUUCUUCCGCAACAUCAACUGGGAUGAUAUCUACCACAAGCGGGUCCCUCCGCCUUUCAUCCCCACAAUUAGCAGCCCCACUGAUACCAGCAACUUCGACCAGGAGUUCACCAGUGUGACUCCCGUCUUGACCCCUGUGCAAUCUGUGCUUUCUCAAGCCAUGCAGGAAGAAUUCCGCGGCUUCUCCUACACUGCCGACUUCGCCUAA